AUACAGAAAAAUGACACAUGGAGGGAGAACGGUCUUCCAACAGAAACCGGGAAAAGGACGUGUGUCAGGGGAAAGGAAUCCUGCGUCCGGAGGCUGCAAAGUGAUCAAACUGAGGCAGGGACGGGGGAGCCAGGCUUGCUACAGCAGGCAGGCCUUCAGCCGCGGCUCGACUUCACCGCUCAAGUCGCGGCGAUCCUCGCUCGGCUUUAACGCGGGCCGCCUCGCGCAGUGAGCGCUUUCCGGGAUUGGUCCCGUUCAGUCCUCGCGUCUCACGCAGACAAGCGACACGAUCACCAUUUCACUCCGGACCCUCUUCUCUCACCUGGUUCCUCUUUACUCCAGGGCACAGGAUUAAGACUGGCCAACCUAAGUGAACAAGAGUGCAAGGGCGGGAGACAGAGGAGACUCAGCCUCUGCUUCGGAACCAGGACCCGGAGAGCUCGCUCUUCUCCGACCUCGCGGACCUGAAACUCCCAGGGAGGGGCGGAGGAAGAGACGCCUCAGCUUCAUUUCGUAUUUCAAAUCGGAAAUAGGUUUCCGAUGACAGGGAAGCCCUGCUGCACAACUGGGGCGUCUCCUUCUCCCUAAACCCGGCCAGACCGCAGAGGACCGGCAAGGAGCGGAGAGAACUAGCGGGGACCGGCGGGGACCGGCGGGGACCAGCGGGAGCCGGCGGGGACCGCAGAGCGCAGGGGUCCGCCCCGCUCUUCCGGGGUUUCCUGCGUCGAUCGGAACAGCCUCCAGAGCGCGCCCCUCGCGAUUGGAAGGCGCUGCUGUCGCUCAGCGCUCAGAACGGAAGGGGCUGGGCGCCGCUCUCCGCGGGAUCCCGGAGCCUCCUGGCUGGUGGGAGGGGUGGGGCCGAAGUUGCAGGGUUGGAUCCCGCGACUGCGGGUAUGGAGUUGCGUCCCGCGGCGUCCCCCGGGCCUUCCCGCUCCUUCAAGGAGGAGCUGCUCUGUGCGGUCUGCUACGACCCCUUCCGCGACGCCGUGACUCUGCGCUGUGGGCACAACUUCUGCCGCGUGUGCGUGACCCGCUGCUGGGAGGUGCAGGUGGCGCCCACCUGCCCGGUGUGCAAGGACCGAGCGGCCCUCGCCGACCUGCGCACCAACCACACCCUCAACAACCUGGUGGAGAAGCUGCUGCGCGAGGAGGCCGAGGGCGCGCGCUGGGCGGGCCACCGCUCCCCACGACUCUGCCGCCCGCACCGUGGCCAGUUCAGCCUCUUCUGCCUCGACGACAAGGAGCUGCUGUGCUGCUCGUGCCAGGCCGACCCCCGGCACCAGGGGCACCGCGUGCAGCCGGUGAAGGACACUGCCCACGACUUUCGGGCCAAGUGCAGGAACAUGGAGCACGCGCUACGGGAAAAAGCCAAGGCCUUCUGGGCCAUGAGGCGCUCCUACGAGGCCAUAGCCAAGCACAAUCAGGUGGAGGCUGCCUGGCUGGAAGGGCGAAUCCGGCAGGAGUUUGACAAACUCCGUGAGUUCCUGCGCGUGGAGGAGCAAGCCAUCCUGGACGCCAUGGCUGAGGAGGCGAGGCAGAAGCAGCGUCUGGUGGAGGAGAAGAUGAAGCGGCUGGCGGAAGACACAGAAGCUCUGGCCCAGGAGAUCGAGCGGCUGCAGGUGGAGAUGAAGGAGGAUGAUGUUUCUUUUCUCAUGAAACACAAAAGCCGAAAACGCCGCCUCUUCUGCACCAUGGAGCCGGAGCCUGUGCAACCUGGCAUGCUCAUCGACAUCUGCAAGUAUCUGGACUCCCUGCAAUACCGUGUCUGGCGGAAGAUGGUCACGUCUGUAGAAUCUGUGCCUUUCAGCUUCGAUCCCAACACCGCAGCCGGCUGGCUAUCUGUGUCCGAUGACCUCACCAGCGUCACCAACCAUGGCUACCGAGUGCAGGUGGAGAACCCGGAGCGCUUCUCCUCAGCGCCCUGCCUGCUGGGCUCCUGCGUCUUCUCCCAGGGCUCCCACACCUGGGAGGUGGACCUGGGGGGGCUGCCAAGCUGGCGGGUGGGUGUGGUGCGGCUGCGCCAGGACACUGGCGCUGAGGGCCACUCACACAGCUGCUACCACGACACCCGCUCGGGCUUCUGGUACGUGUGCCGCACACAGGGGGUGGAUGGGGACCACUGCAUGACCUCGGACCCGGCCACGUCACCCCUGGUCCCGGCCAUCCCUCGCCGCCUGCGUGUGGAGCUGGAGUGUGAGGAGGGCGAGCUGUCCUUCUACGAUGCUGAGAGCCACUGCCACCUCUACACCUUCCACGCCCGCUUCGGGGAGGUGCGGCCCUACUUCUACCUGGGGGGCGCGCGGGGGGAUGGCCCCCUUGAGCCUUUGCGCAUAUGUCCCCUACGCAUCACCAUCAGGGAGGAACUGGAUGGCUGAGGCCGACCAGGAGCCUGGCCACUGCUGCCAGGGACUUGCGUCGUGGUCCUGUUUUCUUUCUGUCCCUCCCUCUCAAGCUGCGCUCACUUCCGUACCUCUGAACCGUCAGCCUCCUUGCCAGGAUCUUCCCUGCUGAUCAGUCUUGUCCUCCUCCUGUAGCUCCAGGCCCCAAGCCGCCUCCUUCAUUUCUGAAGUCAUCCAGGGGACACCUCAUUCCCCAGAGCCUUGGCACCUUCCAGGUGUGGAUUUUCUAAACCCAAAUGCCAGGAUGUCUGGGGAUAACACUGACUUCUAUGGAUGGGCCUGUUUUAACAUGUGGGUCUUAGUAUCUGGGUAUGGUGAGGCCAGCAGACCAGGAGAGCCUACCGUGGGAAAGAGUUUGUUAUUUACAGUUCCCAAGAAGCACCAGAGCCACUGAGGAAACAGAGAGAGUUGAGGGAGCACGAGGUGGGAGACUUUGUUACAGUUUUAGUGACAAGAACAGGCUUGGCAGGGGCUCUGAGUAGACAGGUUUGGGAUCUGCUAGUUGGAAUAAUUUUGGCAGGCUCUGGGGCGUAGGUGGGGGACGAUGGGACUGGGGGACUGGGGGCUAUCUGGAGAGGAAGCAGUGGCCCUGUGGGUUAGAGUCCUGUGAGAGCCAGGUAAAGGAAGUGGGUUGGGGGUUUAGUGGUCGGUUUGCAUAUGAAAGACGUGCUCCAAGUAGUUGGUUGGUCUCUCCAGAAAUUGGCUAGGGCCAGAAGGAGCAGUUUCCCUGUGGUCAGAGUUUCUACAAUACAGAUAAAAUCUGGUUCAUACAGCACUGCUGCUGUGGCUUUGGAGCAGGGCCGGGGCCCCAAACUUAUCUGUCACUUUAUCCCAGUAUGUUCAGACCUCUCCACAGAGUCCCCUCGCGUCCCCCAGGGCAGAGGCAAGGCUGCCUGCAGGUCAGCUCUGAUUUAUCUGUUGACCCUUCUUGGACUAUUUCCAAAUAGUGACUGUUUGGACUAUUUCAAACGCGUUUUUAAAAACUGCAGUUUAGACCCAUUCCUGCUAUGGGCCUCCGUUUCCUCAGCUAUAGAGGAGAUAGGAGGACUGGAAAAUUACGUCCUAUAGAUGCUAUGAAAGAAACAGCUCGGAUUCAUUCUUAUAAAGUAAAGAGAAUGGAAGGAAAGAGGGGUCAUUUUCAGUGAAGACGUAGGAAAGGGAGGAAAUGGUCCUGGGGAGUGGUGGUGGUGGGGGGGUCCCUCGCUUAGCUUUGCUGGCCUCCGCCUGCUCCUUGCUCUAUUUCCCUGUGUGUUUUCAUCCUGAUUUCUUCUACCCCCGCCCUACCAUGCCUCCGGACCUCCACCUCCACCUCUUCUUCCUCGCAUCUGCCUGAAGAGGAUUUUAAUUGUCAGCCAUCCCGUCCCAGGAAACAGCACAGUGAAAGGAACUGGUCUGUAGGGGUGACGGUGUUCUCCUGGGGGCAUGUUCCCAUCCGGAGGGCUCAUGUUCUUUUUCUCCUGUCUGUGCCCCAGGUUCACAGAAAAGGACAUUUUAAACAGAAAGGACGAUUCAAAACUGUGAGGCGGUUUGAUAUGUGCAAUUGGUAGGGGCCACAGGGAGGGGCGCAGUAGGAGAUGCCACUGGGUGGGGGUACCGGGUUGGAAUGUUGGUAGACUGGUGUGCGCAGGUCCUGUCUGAAGGCACUCGGGCUCAGGGCUCUCAAGGCACUUUGGCGGCCAAUAUGUCUGAGACCAGUGUGCAUUCUCUAAAUAUUUAUCUAGCCCAUCAAAUACAAUCUCUAGGAUAAUCCUGAUCUGAAAUUAUUUUGUUAGUUACUAUAAACUUUUUAAAAAGUUUUUUAUUUCCAACUUAGAUAUUGGAAGGGGGUUUCUGAAAAGGAUAAUUUGGAUAGCCUGGAGCUCUUUUUUUAAAAAAAAUAAAAAUGAUAUUUGAGCUAAAAC